AUGACACCGGACAUCCAGGCCCCUUUCCUCUUCCUGCUGCUGUUGUUCCCAGUGCUUACAGGCCACAGCGGCACCUUGACUACGACCAGCAGCCCUGCCCCAACCCCAGCUGCCUCUCCAGGCCAUGAUAGUUUCCCAUCCCUGACCAGCAGCCCUGCCCCAAGCCCGGCCGCCUCUCCCGGCCACGACGGCGCCUCGACUCCGACCGGCAGCCCUGCCCCAAGCCCGGCCGCCUCUCCCGGCCACGACGGAGCCUCGACUCCGACCGGCAGCCCUGCCCCAAGCCUGGCUGCCUCUCCCGACCACGACAGCGCCUCGAUUCCGACCGGCAGCCCUGCCCCAAGCCUGGCUGCCUCUCCCGACCACGACAGCGCCUCGAUUCCGACCGGCAGCCCUGCCCCAAGCCUGGCUGCCUCUCCCGACCACGACAGCGCCUCGACUCCGACCGGCAGCCCUGCCCCAAGCCCGGCCGCCUCUCCAGGCCACAGCGGCACCUUGACUACGACCAGCAGCCCUGCCCCAACCCCAGCUGCCUCUCCAGGCCAUGAUAGUUUCCCAUCCCUGACCAGCAGCCCUGCCUCAAGCGCUACUGCCUCUCCAGGCCACGAUGGCACCUUGUCUCCAGCCAGCAGCCCUGCCCCAAGCCCGGCCGCCUCUCCAGGCCACGACGGCGCCUCGACUCUGACCGGCAGCCCUGCCCCAAGCCCGGCCGCCUCUCCAGGCCACAGUGGCACCUUGACUACGACCAGCAGCCCUGCCCCAACCCCAGCUGCCUCUCCAGGCCAUGAUAGUUUCCCAUCCCUGACCAGCAGCCCUGCCUCAAGCGCUACUGCCUCUCCAGGCCACGAUGGCACCUUGUCUCCAGCCAGCAGCCCUGCCCCAAGCCCGGCCGCCUCUCCAGGCCACGACGGCGCCUCGACUCCGACCGGCAGCCCUGCCCCAAGCCCGGCCGCCUCUCCCGGCCACGACGGCGCCUCGACUCCGACCGGCAGCCCUGCCCCAAGCCCGGCCGCCUCUCCCGGCCACGACGGCGCCUCGACUCCGACCGGCAGCCCUGCCCCAAGCCCGGCCGCCUCUCCAGGCCACAGCGGCACCUUGACUAUGACCAGCAGCCCUGCCCCAACCCCAGCUGCCUCUCCAGGCCAUGAUAGUUUCCCAUCCCUGACCAGCAGCCCUGCCUCAAGCGCUACUGCCUCUCCAGGCCACGAUGGCACCUUGUCUCCAGCCAGCAGCCCUGCCCCAAGCCUGGCUGCCUCUCCCAGCCAUGACGGAGCCUCGACUCCGACCGGCAGCCCUGCCCCAAGCCCUACUGCCUCUGCAGGUCACCACGGCCCCUCGUCCCCAACCAGCAGUGACACCUCAUCUGUGACCACCAGCUCUACCUUGAGCUCCAUGGUCACUUCAGCACACAAGGGCACCUCAUCCAGGGCUACCAUGACCCCAGUCAGCAAGGGCACUCCAUCCUCAGUUCCCAGCUCUGAAACUGCUGCCUCUGCUGCCAGCCACAUUACCAGGACAGCUGCCAGCAGCACUAGCCCCCAACAGUUGCCUGUUAGGGUCUUCCUGUUCUCCCUCUCUUUUCACAUUACAAACCUCCAGUUUAACUCUUCCUUGGAAGAUCCCCAAACCGGCUACUAUCAGGAGCUGCAGAGACGCAUUUUGGACUUGUUUUCGCAGAUUUAUAAACAGAGGGAGAGGGAUUUUCUGGGCCUCUCAGAGAUCAAGUUCAGGCCAGGAUCUGUGGUGGCAGAAUUAACUCUGGCCUUCCGAAAGAAUACCACUGCCGGAUGGGUGAAGGCACAGCUCAGUCAGCUUGAAGCACGGGCAGUCAAAUAUAACCUGACCAUCACUGAAGUUAGUGUGCGUGAUGCCCUGUCUCCUUCCUCUGCCCAGCCUGGGUCUGGGGUGCCCGCUUGGGGCAUCGCCCUGCUGGUGCUGGUCUGUGUUCUGGUGGCGCUGGCCAUCAUCUAUCUCAUUGCCCUGGUUGUGUGUCAGUGCGGACGAAAGAAAUGUGAGCAGCUGGACAUCUUUCCAACCCUGGAUGCCUACCAUCCUAUGAGCGAGUACUCCACCUACCACACCCAUGGGCGCUAUGUGCCCCCUGGCAGUACCAAACGGAGCCCCUAUGAGGAGGUUUCUGCAGGCAACGGUGGGAACCUCUCUUAUACAAACCUGGCAGUCACUUCUGCCAACUUGUAG